AUGCAGUUCUGGCACAGAUACGCAUCGCUGCUCAAGGCCAUCGCUCUCCGUCUUCCGCUGCCGGACGCGCAUCAGAUCGUCUGCCAUCACGACGCCAUGGGUGUUGUCGCCGAAGACGACGCCACGGCUGCUGCGGCCGAAGACGACGCCACGGCUGCUGCGGCCGAAGACGACGCCACGGCUGCUGCGGCCGAAGACGACGCCACGGCUGCUGCGGCCGAAGACGACGCCACGGCUGCUGCGGCCGAAGACGACGCCACGGGUGUUGUCGCCGAAGACGACGCCACGGCUGCUGCGGCCGAAGCCGCCGUUACAGGAGGUACGACCCAGAUCGACGACGACGAGGACAAGACACCAAUUAUGCCGGACACUGACACGCCGCUCGCUCGACUCCAGCUGACGCUCCUUGGCUCACCUCCGGACGAUCUCCUCGAGGCGACGAGCGUGCCGGACGACCCAGAAGAUGCUGUCUGCUACCUGCUGGCCAUGGCGGAGCGGUGCCGGUCGCGUUACGCACCGCGGUCGGCUCGGCCAUACGUUGAGGUUCCUCCUGGGGCGAUGCUGGUCGGCAUCGUGUCCAAGUCGCUGCAUGCACUGUCUGCUGCGGCAGCAGCGGUGCCGUUUGGGAGCUACGACCCGCGGAUGCACUCGAGCCAUCCGCCUGCCGUGUACGCGCCGCUGAUGGCGCUGCGGGCUCUCUCGUCGAUUGUGACCAACAUGGUUCCUGGCAUCCUCGGCCCGCUCGCCGAGGCGCUUCUUAUCGAGUUUGACGGCACGCUUCCGCUGCCGGUUGCCCACGCCGCCGCUGAGCUGUUUGGCACGGCGUGGCACAUCUCGCCUGAUUUGCGGGCGCCGCUCAAGCCGCACCGCGACGCACUUUUCCAGCUGGCGCCAGCAGCGGCCUCGCUCUCGCUCUCGCUCUGCUCCACGGCCGACACCUCGCCGCGGGCCUGCCUCCAUGGCGAGCUUGCUUCACUUUACGCUUGGUCGCCGUACAUGCUCCUUGUGCAGUACAUGAUCCCGCGCGAGCCGACCCGCGGCAACAUUGCCGCCUUUAUCGACUGCCUCUCCGUCAACCUGAAGGCGCUGGUGCCGCAAGUGACCGGGACGCCGCACGCUGCUGGCCCGGCCACAACUCCGAUUGCCUCGGCUUUGGCGGUCGUCCUCUUUGAGCUCCGCCCCUGCACCCGACUUGCGGGCUUCCCGGCCGACGCCACGCCAGAGCUGCGCGACUUUGUCCACGGCGCCCUUGCCGAGGCCCUAGCGGCGCUGGAGGCCUUGCCGGAGCUCUGCGGCGUGCUGGCUGCAUCGGUCGAGGUUGCCCGCGCCGGCGCUGCCAUGAUCACCGACUCGCCCCUUGCUGCCUUUGAUGCUGCGCUCGCCAUGGCCUCGGCCGAUCGCCCCGAGUUUACACGGGCGUGGGGCACCAUUGCGCUCGCGCACUUUGUGCAGAACGAGGAUGUGCUUGCCCACUGGCGCGCCCUGCCGCCGUCCGAGCUCGAGUCGCUGCUGGUGGUCAUGCUCGACGUAGUCGAGGCUGCCCCUCUCACCGACGUUGUCCUCGCGCUCCCGAUCCUCCUCACCUCGCUCCCAGCGCUGCUUUCGCACUCACUAACUCUGGUCAUCUCACGGCUGGUCGACGUUGUUGUCUCAAAGACACCCGAGCUGGCGCCGGACACGCUCCUUGCAGAUGUCACUGCCGACUCGCUCAUUUUUGAUCUGCAGGACGUGCUCUCCAUGAUCGCUGAUGUCCUCACCGCCGGCAUGAUGUACUCGCAGCAUGCGAAUGGGGUUAGUGCCGCCGUCGCCCGCAUUCUCCACCUCGCCGACCGUGUUGAGUUUACCAACGUUGUCCUCCGCAUCGUCGCCGCCUCGGCCUACCUCGCCGGCGAGGUCCAGCCGGAGAUGAUCGACCUGCUAGUGAGCACGGCGCAGGGCAAUGACAUGGUUGACGAGCUCUGGGACGUUCUGCCGUCGUUUGUGGCGCUCUCGCCGGCUACCACGGCACCUGUCGCCGAUGUCCUCCUCACCCACCAUCCGAUCGUUUCGCCCAUUGCGCUCACCCUCUCGCUCCACAUCCUCAUCGCCAACACCCUCCGCUGUCUGCGCCCGGUGCCGGAGCCAGACCUGGCGCGGGCUGCCGCUCUGGCGCUCGCUCCGACCCUUGUCGCCUCGGCUGAUGCGCUCGAGUCCGAGAUCCCACAAUGGCUGCCAGCGCUGUGCAGCUUUGUGGCGGUGGUCAUUGGCGCUGUGCCCGUGCCGGACGACGGACCGCCGGCCGUUGUCGCCCUCGCCAACACGGUGCUUGCUGCCGGAAUCUCCGGGAGCACCUCGACUGAAGUGGCAAUGAUGCUGGCCGAUGUGGUGGUGGCUGGUGUCGCCUUUAGCGGGCCGCCGGACGUGCUCGGUCACCUCCUGACGUCACGGCCUCUGGUGGGUGUCAUCAAUACCUCGCCGCUCCCGUCGAGCGAGUUUGACGGCGAUGUUGAGGGUGAUGGCGACGGUGACGGUGACGGCGAUGGCGAUGGUGAUGAUGAUGCUGAUGACGACAACGACGACGACGACGAUGAUGUCGACGACGAUGAUGAUCUUGGUGAUGACGACGACAUGGCCUGCCUCCAGAUGGGCGACCUGGACUCGUUCUUCCACGGGCUUGACGAAGUCUCGCCCGAUGCCGACGGCCUGGUGCGGCUGCUUUGCGAGCUUGCCGACGAUGUGACGGCGCCGUUUGCGACGUCUCCCGGCGGGCAUCUGCUAGGCAUGCGGGAGCAGGUGCUUGCGGUGAUGCGCGAGACGCCGGCGGCCGGUAUGGUCCGCGGGCUGCUCUCUGUGGCUGCGGCGCGGAAGUCGGGCGUGCGCUCGCUGCGAGCCAUGGCGCUGGGGGUGGUCGCCGAGGCCGUGAGCGUGUCAGAGAGCAACGUGUCGGACGAGCGUGUGCCUGAGCACCUCCUCAGCGACAUCUGGGAUGCGCGCUGGCGCUGCGGGCGUCGGCAGCCCUGACGUCGGCGCCAUCGUCGCCGGCGCCGUCACCCUGAUGGUCUUCAUGCGCGUGUUGGCGUGUUUUUACUCUGCAGCGGCAAAGGCGCGGAUAAAGGCACGGAGCUCACUG